AUGGGAUGUAGCAAAAAACAUGAUGCCAAGGGUACCCAAAGGGAAACCCAAUUAUACAAACUAGACGAUGAUAUUAUCGAAAUAAUUAUUUUUAACAUUCUAUCCCUAAUAAUUGUAAAUGGUGAGCUAGAUAAGAAGAAUUUCAAAAAUAAAAUAAUAGACUCUAUUAUUAUUAGUAACAUAAAUUUUAUUUUAAAUAAUUUUUUUAUGUUUUCUUUUAAUAAUAUACAAAAAUUAUUAUUUAUAAUUGACAUGAUAUUGAACAAUGAAGUUAUUUAUUAUAAAUUUAACAAAAUAAUCGAUAUAAGUACCUUAGAAUGGAAUAAUUUUUCUAUUGCUACCAAAACCGGUAAUCUUGAUAAUAAUGAUGAUACAAAUUUAAUAAACCGAGAAAGAGGUAACAUUGCAACAAACAAAAAUUGCAUGUCUAAUAAUAAUAAUAGUCAUAAAAAUGAAAAAAACAAUGAAGAUAAAAAUAAAAAAUACAUAACUGGAAAACAAUACACAUAUAUUACAGACAGCCAUAAUAUAAACAAUGUGAACAAUUUUAUUGACGACAUUUUUAUUUAUAUAGAAGAAAAAAAUACUUAUUUAAGUAUAUUUCAUUUAAAUUAUAUAUUUAAAAAUAAUAAAGAAUAUGAACAUUAUUUUAAAAAAAAAUAUGAAAAUUAUUUAUCCUUUGGAAAAUAUUAUCAUAAUAUUAUCAAAUUGUGUAAAAAGAAAUAUCAAGAAAAUGAUCCUUUAUAUAUAAAAAAAAGUAAAUAUAUAGAAUUAUAUAAAUCUUUAAUAAAAUACCAUAUUUCAAAUUAUAAUUUAGUAGAUAAGAAUGAUAAAGAUUAUGAACAAAUUAUAUCUGCAUUAUAUGAAAAAGAAUAUACUUCUUCAUCAGAAUGUUAUGAUUAUUAUGAUGAAAAAAAUAAUAAGACACAUAAAACAAACAGGUAUAAAAAUAGUAUGAAAUAUACAAAAUGUGUUAAUUGUGGUAAUACUAUUAACUCUUCUAAUAAUACACAUACUUGUAAUCAAACAAAUUGUGAGACAGUUAAUUUUAUAGACGAAAAAUACAUUGUAUAUAAUAUACUGAAUGAAGAAAAAAUUAAAAAAUUAUACAAAUACAAAACAAAAAAAUACAAAUUAAUAAUAAAUAAUAAUUUUAUAAACAAACAAUCUUAUAUAUCUAUAAAUAUUUUCCCAUGUAAUGACAUACAUAUAUAUAAUAUAAAAUUUCAAACAUUAUCAACAAAUGUAUUUAUAAAAUCAUAUUUAUUAAUAUUAUAUACAAAUAUGAUAUUAUUUUUUAAUUUAUUAAACUCAUCUUUGUAUUUAUGGGUGUAUAAAUUCAUAUCAUUUCUUAUAAAUAUAUUAAACAAUUUUAAUAAUACGUUAUAUAUAUAUUUAGACAAUAGCAGAAUUCUUUCUCAGUAUAAUAAUAAUUCACAUUUAAAAUUUGAUAUAAAAAAUAUGUACAACAAAUAUAUAACUUCUAUUAACAAUUUAGAAAAUAUAAAAACUGACUCUUUAAAAAAAAUUGUCCAAAAAUACUCAAAAGAAGACAACAAAAUAAACUUUAAUUUUCCUUCUGAUAAUUAUGGAUACAUACAAAUUUAUGAUAAGGACAAAAAAGGAAACUCCAAAAAAUAUGUUUUUCAUCAUUUUGUUCAAAUGCAAAUUUUCAAGUAUUACGCUAUCUUGUGUCUAAUAGAGAUCGAAAAUUUUUAUCAAGGAAUAUUAUCAUGCUUGCUCGGGGACGUGUAUAAUAAAACGAUUGGAAGAAUAGGCAAGCUCAGUCUAAAAGAUAACUAUUAUGAGACCGUUUUUAUUAGAAAUAGACAUGAGAAGACAAUAAAUGAACCUAAUUUUAUAAACAAUAACAUCGAUUUAUAUCUAUUAAUCAUUGAAACGAAAAAUAUAAUGUAUACUAAUAAUAAUAAUACCCAAAGCGAAAACCAAAUUGUGAAUAUAUUAACACAUUUGUAUUUUUUAAUAUUAUUUAAUUAUAUUAAUAUUUUAGCGCAAUACUCAAUUGUAGAUAACAUGUUUAUACAAAAUGAAAACAAUUUUAAAAUUAUGAAUCCUAUAAAUGAAUCUAUUAGCGAUAAUAGUAGUAGUCAUGUUGUUAAAGAUAAACACGAACAUAAUGAAAAAUCGAAAAAUGGUGUAUACAUAUGUAAUAACAAAGAAUUAAACAAAAUAAAAAGUGAAAUUAUCGAGUUAAUAGAUAAAAAAAAUAUAAAACUUGAACUUUUAGAAUUCCGUAAAAGUGAGUAUAUUAUAGAAAAAACAAACGAACAAAUGAAUUUUAAUGGUAGCUUAAUUACAUUACCGUUUUAUACAAAUUUAAAUUUAUUAAACUAUAAUUUUUAUUAUAAAAAUUGUUUGAACCCUUCCUCUACCAAUCCAAAUGAUGUUCAAAAUUGUGUGGAUAUACAACCCAAUGGAAUAAUAAAUGAAAAUACAAAUAUCCCAAAUUGUCAGAAAGACAAAAAUAAUGAAGAAAAAAUAUUUUCGAACUAUAUUACUUCUUUAUCUCCAAUAUUUGUUAACUUAGUAAAGGAAAAAAUUCAAAAUGUUUUUAAUCAAAAUUUCGAUUUGAUAUUUCAUUAUAAUAUUUAUCUUCCUUUUUAUAUUAAUACUUUUGCUGAUAUAUUAAAAAAAUACAAUUAUUUUUUAUUUGAAAAUAAUAGCUAUUACUUUUGUCUAGGUUUAUCUUAUUUAUAUAUUUUAUAUGACCAAAUUAGCAUAGAAAUAAUUAAUGAAAUGUGUAAAAAGGUAUUAUUAGUUAUUAAAAAUAAUUAUUAUACAGACAUUAGUAAAAUAAUUAUAAUAAAUAUUUUUAUAUCUUUUUUAAACAAAAAAGAUGUUUUAAAUUUUUGUGAACAAAAUAUUAAAUCGUACUUCCCUACACUAUGUGAUAGUAAAGAUUUAAUUAUUACUAAAUAUUAUUUCCUUUUAAAAUUAAUACGAAAAAAAAAUAUUUCUUUAAACUUGUUGGAUAUAUAUAUCCAUUUAUGUACCCACAAAAAUAGUGAAGUAAUAAAAGAAUGUCCACAACAAACAACCUUACUAAUUGAAAAUAUACAACUUUGCACAGAUUUGUUAACUAUAAUUAACCCUCAAACAAAUAUAUAUGAUAAUGAAGAAUUAAUUUCCUUGGGUACAGAAAAUGACGAUUCUUGUAACAAUAGCAUUGCUGAUUUUCCUGUAUUCCAUAUAUCCAAACUUGAUACAAAAAAUUGUAAUAAACUUGAAAAAUGCACAUUGAAAACGAAAAUAAAAAAUAAUUCUAAACAUAAAUAUGUUCAAGAAAACACAAAUUUCGAGAUUAAUUUUGAUAAAAGAUGGAACAUGAAUUUUUCUCAUUAUUCAUAUGGUAUUGAAAAUGAUGAAAUGUCUAAUUUUACGAGGAUAAAAAGAAAAGUACCCCCCCAAAAAAAAAGAACAGAUUUUAGUAACAUAUUUGGAAACUGCAACGAAAUAAGUGAAAAUAAUUUGUCUGAUAUAUCACAAAAUGAAAAAAAUGUGAAUAUGAAAAAAAAAUACUUUUUAAUAUUUUCAUAUUAUAUUGUGAAACAUUAUAAAAAAAAUACAAUUAUAAUGAAUAUGUUAAAAAGCCUAGUACUUAACAUUUUAUUAUUUAAUCCAGACGAAAUAAAUCUAUUAUUGUUUAUUUUAUACUAUUUAUAUAAAAAAAAAGACAUUGAAUUAUUUAGCUUUAUUGAAAAUGUUAUAUUAAAUUGUUUAUCUAAUUUAUUUAAUAAAAAAUGUAAAAUAAUUGAAUUUUCUGUAUUUUUAUAUUAUCUUGUAAAAAUUAAGCAUUCAAAUACUAUUCAUAUACUUAAUAUGCUAUCAGAAGUUUUGAAAAAAUACAAAUUCCCUAUUAAGGUAUAUAUUAUUAUAAUUAAAAUUAUAAAAGUUAUUUUGCAAUAUCAUAAUAUUAAUUAUAAUUACAAAUAUUUGUUGUCAAUUUUAGAAAUUAUUCAAAACAUACAAAAUAAUCCCUAUUUAUAUCGAGUUAGUACAUAUUAUAUUAAUGUUAUAGAAAAUAAAGUAGCUUUUUUGGAAAAUAAUGAUUUUAAAAUUCAAAAAAAUACUCUGACAAAUUUAACCCUAGAAUAUGGUAUAAACAAAAAUAAUCAUAUUUCUCAAAUAAACAUAUUUCCAAUAAAAAAAAAAAAUAUUAUACCUGAAAAAUAUUCAAAGACAUAUAUAUUAUCAGGAUAUAUAAAGUUAAUUUAUUAUAAACAUGACAGAAAAAACAUACUUAACUUGUGUGAUAAUGGAUCUACUAUUUUUUAUUCUCAACAAAAUGCACCAAAUAUUGUUAGUAAUAAUAAGAUAAAUAGUGAUACAUUUUCCUUAGAAAAAUACUAUAAUUGUAAUGAUUUUAAUUCUGAACUUUUCUAUAAAAUAUACAAAGAUGAAGAAUAUAGUUUGGCACGAUACAUAAACUAUAUUAUGAAAAAUGAUCAUUAUAUUUAUUUACCUCUGUCAUUAAUUUAUGCCCAUAAGCGUAAAAAAAAAUAUAUUAAAAAAUGCUUAGGUAGAAAUAAUUCCAAAAUAGAGAAUAAAACAAUUUCAAGACAUGAUCUGACACAUAUAAAAAAAAAAUAUAAAAUAAAAUACAAAGACAAAAAGUUAUAUUCCCUUAAUAUUUGUUUUAUUCACAAGCCACAUUUUAUUAGCAUGCACAACGUCUAUAUCCCAUACAUAGAAUUAGGUGAUGAUAUUAGUGAAGAUAAUAAUCGAAAAUUCAGAAAAAAAAAUGAAAAAAAAUGGCACAUAAAAGGAUAUAAUAAAAAACGUAGUGAUAAUAAAAACGUGAGUCUAUUAAAAAUACCUAAUAAAAGGAUAAUUUUUACCUUACAAAAAAGAAAAAAAAAAUUUUUUUUUGUUUAUUCUAAAUAUAGCUACAUGUUAUGUAAAAGUAUCACACAUGAGAUGAAUUACUCUAUUUUGAAUAAUAUAAAAAAUAAUGAAAGAAAAAAAAAACAAAAUAUACUUCCAAAUUAUCAAAAUGUUACAUGUAUAGAAAAAGACAACAAAUUAUUACAAGAAACACAAUCCACGAAAAAUAGACAAAUAAGUGAAAUUAUAAAAAAAGAAUGUAUACAAAAAAUAACAAAAAUAUAUAGUAAAAAUUUUGUAAAUUUAAAAAAAGAUUUAGUAAAAAAAGAAAUAUACAAAAGAAAAUGGUAUUUGAAAAAAUACUUGUUAAGAUUAAAAAAAGUAUAUCACAUAAAAAAGAAAAGCUGUAAAAAGGAAAAACCGAAAAACAAAAUUAUGAAUAGAUAUAAAUUAUUAAUUAAAAUAGGUGUAAAAUUGUUAAUCAACACCACAUUUUAUGCAUAUAUUAUUUAUUUAAACAAAAAAAAAAUGUUUAAAAAAUUUUUAGGAGAAUAUAAUUUAAAAUUUACUGAUUUCUUUUUACCCUUUAAAGCGCCUACUAUAUAUUGGAAAAACAUUUUUGAAAAUAUAUGGAAUGGGAAAUUUGAAAAAAUGUAUAAAACCGCAAAAUAUUUUAAUAUUACAUCCGAUCACGCUUUAAAUGUAGUAAAUAAAAAAUUAUAUCCUUUUUUAAUUAUAGAACAACCUAAUAUAAAAAAUACUAAAAUUUACAAUAAGCCUAAAUAUAAUAUGCAUGUAGAAAAAGCAUAUGCCCUCAAUGAUACAUAUUAUGCUUAUAAUAAGAAAAAAGAAAACAGACAAAUAAAAAGAGAUAUAUUGGAUGAAUUCUAUAUUGAUAACUAUUCCCUUAAUUCGUCUGACACAAGUAUUAAAUCUAAUAAAAGCAAUGAACAUCAUUUUAAAAAUAAUGAACUUAAUGCAAGACAAAGGAAGCAUAGAAAAAAAAAUUGUUUUAAGCUUUAUAAACCAAUACUAUUAUACAACACAUUUUAUCCUGGCUUAAAUAACCUAUGCAAUAAGACUAAUAAAAAAGAGAAGGAAAUAAUUAACUCAGACAAAAAAAUAAAUAAUAUUAUUAAAAUUAUAAAUAAGGUGAAAACACAUAAUAAUAUUUAUUCAUUGUUAAAAAAUAGGAAAACAAAGUUUUUUAAUUUUUUUAUUAAUGAUGAUAAUGAAAUUAUUAUGGACAAAAUUAUUCAGAGAAAUGUAAAUAAAAAAAAAAAUAUUUAUAAUUCUAAAUUCAAAUUAAAUAUAGAUUUGUAUAAAAAAUAUAUUGAUUUAAUUGACAAAAAAAAUUAUCCCCUUGUGUUAAACAAAGGAAAAAACAAUAGCAAAGAAAAUACUAAUAAUAGCACUAUUAAUAAAUUCAUUGGAAUAUUUUUACCUCCUAAGCAUCAUUUGCUAAUGGUUUUCCAAAUAUAUGACAAAUCAACUAUUGUUAAAAUUCGCACAGAUAACUUAAACAUUCUGAAUUAUUUGGACCAAUUUUUCGAUGAAUAUUUCUCCUAA